GCUUAGCCGUUUUAAUUAUUAAACCCAUUCUGUGAGUCCCUGUAGCCCCCACCAGUGGGGAUCGAACCUACUUCCGCUCUAGUAGCUGUAAUAGACUGGUAAGCUCGUACAUGUGACUCGCUGUUGCUUCAUGCCGGCCGGUUUCGUCCUUGGCUCUUCCGCCGUUGCAAAAAGCGCAACGCUCGACUGAGAUUGUUCCCUUUCACCUCAUUCUUGGAGAGCAGCCAUGCUUGCUCAUGGCAGACGAAUUUUCUCUGGACUUUCUGUCUAUUGGAAGCCUCUCUUCAGAGGCCGCCUCCUGCUGGUCACCAAUACAGUCAGCUGUGGGGGGCUUCUAGCGACAGGAGACGCAUUUCGCCAAUCCUGGGAGAUAAAGAAGGACUCUAAACAAAAAUGGGAUCGUGCACGGACAGCACGAAUGUUCACCAUCGGCUGCACUAUGGGUCCAAUGCUGCACUACUGGUACCUGUGGCUAGACAGGGCCUUGCCUGCUGCUGGCUUCAGCGGCAUCAGGACCGUCCUGAAAAAAGUUCUCAUUGAUCAGAUCGUUGCCUCUCCAGUCUUUGGAGUUUGGUAUUUCAUAGGGAUUGGAUCUUUGGAAGGACAGACUCUGGAGCAAAGCUGGCAUGAACUGGAGGAGAACUUUUGGGAAUUCUACAAGAUGGACUGGUGUGUGUGGCCACCAACACAGCUGAUCAAUUUUCUGUUCCUGCCACCCAAGUAUCGAGUGAUUUACAUGAAUGUCAUCACUCUAGGAUGGGACACUUACCUAUCAUACCUUAAAUUUCGUAAUAAAAAGCCAACGCUCAGCCAGGAUGAAGACUCUAAACCUUGCGCUUCUGAGAUCCAAACUACUGGAUGAAACGUGUGAAUAACCAAACUACUCUUUUAAAACUUGAAGAAAUCCGGCAUCUUGUUUUGAAAAAACAAAAACAAAACACUACAUUCUUCUAUGUAGGAAAUGGUGCCUGAAUGAUUCUGUUUUCUGCAAGCAGUUCUGAUUUUCCUUGCCAAAAACUCUGUAAAAAGAACAAGACUGAAAGCUCAGAGCACUUUUCCUCUGAUAGCCUGGUGUGCGUUGAAGCAGCGACCAGCAUCUAGCAGAAGUGCUAUCCCUUUAAAAGUACCAAAGUAUAAAUUUUCCUUA